AUGGGAAAGAAAAUCGUCGGCCUGUACUGCAUGAUGUGCGUGCUCUCCUUUGUCCUCAUCAGCAUAUCAUGCUUUAACAAGUGGCAUCAAGUGACCUUUAAGACCUUGGGCUUCAAGACGGUGAUGCGCAUGGAGACCUCCUUGACGGCGGUCACCAUUCCGGCCAGCUCCAAGAUCUUCUGUGGCAUCUUCAAGAGCAAGCAGCCCAAGCGAUGCGCCGACAUGCAAGAUGGCAUUUCCCUACAGGAGGCGGCGUCUGACUGGUGCGCGCCCAUGGUUUUCACCAUCUACCCCUCGCCCUGCAUCGCCUUCAACCGAGCCUACAUCUUGGGGAUGAUUGUCAUCCUCACGUACGGCUUGAACGUGAUCUUUCUGUGCUCAUGCGCUUUCCUCCUGUACUACUACUUGGACAGUAAGUCGCACAAAGGGGAAUACCGCGCCUGGGCCGGGAUUCUGCACGGCGUCGCCACCGGGCUUCUGAUUGCGGCGGUGGUUUGCUACAGCCUUUUUGCCAUGACUGCCUUGGAUGCAAUCGGCGGUAGCGGCAUCCCGGGAAUUAUGGAGGCCAGCGAGUCGGUGGGCAUCAGCCCGGGCUACUUCCUGGUCUGGGUGGGCAUCCUCAUCCAGCUAGUGGCCCUGGGCUUUCAUACUUGCAUGAGGCUCAACAGCGAAGAGACCGAAGAUCAACGCAUCUACAAGGACAUGCUCAAGGAGCAGCAGGUCUAUGGUGCCAUGGAGGCCCAAGCCGGCUUGAUGGAGCAGGCCAGCUACACUCAAAGCUAUGUUGCAGAUGCCGGCAUGCAGUAUAGCUAUGCCGGGGAUGCUGGCGCCCAGUACGGCUAUGGGGAUGCCGGCGCGCAGUAUGGCUAUGCAGCAGGAGCUCCGCAGCCGCAGCCGGUGGGCAUGCCCCAGGCCCCAGUGAUGCCGGACAUGCCGGCGGCGCCCAGUUUGCAGGAGAGCCUUCAGCCUUUGACCCCUGGUGACGUGGGCGCCUUUGGCCCGGCCAGGGGCGCGACGCUUUUCCAGCACUUCUUGGGGGUUGAGGAGGGCCAUGCGGACAAUGCUGCCGCGCCGCACUCCUUGCAGCUUCUCGGAGUUUCUCUGGGGCGGUCCGCGAAGGCUAUGAGCUCGGAGGGCACCGUGAUGAUCUUCACCCUCCUCGGGCUUCCCUUGCUGCUGACGAUCCUGGCCUUCUUCGUGAUGGGCCGCCUGUCAGAGGAGAAGCCGCGGCCAAGACCGACGCCGGCACCGCCGCGCAGCGUGCCGCCCUCGGCCCUGCCCAGUCGGCCGAACACAUCCCUGCGACCGGGAACCAGCUACGGCGCAGGCUUUCCCGUGGAGUCGGCGCCGCCCACGCUUCCAGUGCUGGCCAGCCUCUCCCGCAACACGCCGGGCGCUCGGCGCGGGCUCCUUGGUGCCGGCUCUUCGGCUUGA